ACUUCCCACCUCCCAUACAUGAACAUCACAUCUCAUUCCGUUUUCUUCUUCAUAUAAACCGACACCCACUUCACAAUUCUCUACAAAUUCACAAUUUUUCCAUCUGGGUAUCAAUAAAUUUUCAAUCUUUUAAUCAUGGAGAACAACAACAAUCAAUCAUCUUUCUGGCAGUUCAGUGAUCAGCUUCGUGUUCAGACCAACAAUCUUUCUUUAAACGACUCCAUCUGGAGCACCUCUUACGCCUCCAAACGCCCCGAAAAAGAUCGCCGGAACUUCGACCUCCGUGUCGGCGGUGACUUCAUCAACUCCGGCACCCUCCACACCAACAAUUCCGGCACCGAUUUUAAUGGGUUCAACUUUGAUUGGAAGAUGGGGUCCACUAAUCAUACCCAAAGCUCUGAUUUUGGGAUCAAUGGUGGGUUUAACAAGGGGGUUUAUUCAAACCCCAGUUUGAAUUUUGGUCCAAAUAAUAAUGUGAAUUUUGAGAGAAAUGGGUUUAAUAAAGAUGGGAAAUUGGGGAAAAAUGGUGAGGUUGAUCAUCAUUCUGUUGGGGGUAAGCAUGGGAAGAAUAAGAAGAAUAAUAAUAAUAACAGUAAUAAUGAGAAGGAUAAUGGUAAGAACAGUGUUGAUAAGAGGUUCAAGACUCUGCCACCUUCAGAAUCUUUGCCUAGAAAUGAGACUGUUGGUGGCUAUAUUUUUGUUUGUAACAAUGAUACCAUGCAAGAGAAUCUUCAAAGGCAGCUUUUUGGUUUACCGCCACGCUACCGGGACUCUGUUAGGCAGAUCACACCUGGUCUGCCUCUUUUCCUUUACAAUUACUCCACCCACCAGCUUCAUGGUGUUUUUGAGGCUGCAAGUUUUGGCGGAACAAACAUCGACCCGUCUGCAUGGGAAGACAAAAAGAACCCUGGUGAAUCACGGUUCCCUGCUCAGGUGCGCGUCAUAACUAGAAAGUUAGCCGAGCCGUUAGAAGAAGACUCAUUCAGGCCAAUUCUUCACCACUACGAUGGCCCUAAAUUUCGCCUUGAACUCAACAUCCCUGAGGCGCUCUCGCUUUUGGACAUAUUUGAGGAUAACAAGAACUGAAGUAUGUUGGAGGAAAAUCAAGUAUCAACAUGUAUUAUAAGGUUAUAAGAAGUGGUUUUGUGACAAUGUGAGAUGUGUUUAAUCAUAUAUACGUAACUAAUAUAUGUUAAUAUCGAGCCGUAUUAAGAAAGUAGUAUAUGUUUGUAUACGGGACGCGUAACCAUGAAGAUGAUGGUCCCUUUCGGUUGGUUGGCUCGGUCGUAUAUAUGCUAAAAAUACAAACUCAGUAUGAAUAAAUGAAGUAUAAUACAAGUUUUAUUUAUGUUA